AUGUGUGACAUCCAUGCGAUGCACUCGCGUCGCGGCGUGCACUGUCGCCCGGUCGCGUACCACCGCUCUAAUCUAAAUACAGACAACGCGCCCGACCAAAAUCGCGAUCGCUUUCGCUUACCAUACGUUAAAUUUAGCGUGUACAGAAAUAAGCGAGUUUUUACGCGUUUUCCGCGGCCCUCCGGGGGCCCGGGGCGGGGCGGGGGUGGCGCGGGAAAUCCGAGAUUCGUGCCGUAUUUGGCAAGCGGCCGCGCGGACAAUCGCAUUUGGGUAUUUAGUUUCGGCGCUUCUAAUUCGGGCGCCCCACCUGCCCCGCCCGCCUUCCUUCUUCGGGCGCGGGAUGCGUUUGCGCAACAGACGGACCGUUACAGGAAUACCGCGAGUGCCACGAGCCUCAUACGUAUGUUUAUGCCGCGCGAAACCAUCGCACUCCUGACUAACUCACGUCUGCCAAUACAGUUGAGGCUU